GUGUUUUCAAUUAUAUAGUUGAUCUUUGUAUUUUAUAAAGGGCCUCGAAUAUGCAGAAAUAUCUAUGCAUGGACGACUCUUUCCGUGUAUAGAUGAAGUACUUGGUGUAUAUCGUUGAACCUGAUAUUCAAGCGCUUAUCUUGAUAAGUACCAUGCAUGUAUAUACGCCACAUAUCAACCUUGUUCCCAUAGUACCAUGUCAUUUCCGUAGAAGGAUGUUAACGUAGUCUUUUGUUCGCAUUAAAAACACUUAUUAUACUAACCGUCCUCUGCCUUGCUUAUCCUGAUUAGCAUAAAUAGAAUUAUUUGCAACUGGCGGGACUAAAAUGAUCUGUUUGUCAGGCAACAACUGCGCUUGCUCUAAAUCUGUAGCGACACCUCGAGGUUUAUGGGUGAAAUCAUGUGAGUCACAUACAUACAUACAUACAUACAUACAUACAUACAUACACAUACACACACACACGCGCCGAGAAGAAUACAAAGAAGUGCAACUUCGCUAAGGUUCUAGAGAGCCAAUGGUCCAGGUAAACGAUUCUCUUGACGUCUUUCAUUUUUUUAAUUCUGUCAUUGCAAUUUGUACUAAUGAAUGAUGCAUUUGUCUGCUGAAGGAUUUUAUUUGUAGGAAUCGUACCUCAUAGUUUGGUAGUAAUAGAUAAUACUACCGUAUCCUGCUGUUGUAAUACGUGAGAAUUUUAAAUUACUAUAUCAUACAUAUUUACUUUUUCCUCUCACACAUUACGGAGUUUAAGGUUUCAAGAUCACAUUUUUUUAUUAGAGCACUUAAAUACUCGUUUGCUUCUCGACGAAUAGACAAUUGCACCAGGAUAACCUUUCUAUCCAACCCUCGAGUUUAUUGGUCCCAUACGAAGGUAAUACGCUAAAAGGGGUAAGGCCAAUACAUGUUGGGCCUUCGAUAUCACAGUCGGGUGAGCGGGUUCAUCCUCCUCGCUGUCUGCUGCCUAUUGUUCUGUUGUAGCGUUUUUGGACAGCAAACCCACGCCUUAAAAACGGAUAUUUCCCCACGAGAGGCCUUCUACCUCACUGAGGUUGUACCGCCGGAGUCCUCCAUGGAUUUCAUUUUUGAGAUGGAUAAAGGGGUAACGAUAGAUGUGAGGGUUGUCGAUGAAAAGAACAACGACUUGAAAUACUGGGAGGAUGCCAACGAGGGUACGUUUCGGAUAGACGCUGGUGAGAUGGCCAAAACGUUUACCGUGAUUUUUGACAAUAGCGAAUCUUUAUUUUCAUCGAAAGCGGUAACUUUUCACUUCCAUGAGCACAUCAAUAAGCAGAAUAAAUUCGACUCCUCACAGAUGGACCCCAUUGAGUGUGGUGUGGGGUUUAUAUCUGAAACAAUUGACAAUAUGUUUAAGUAUCAAAUAGCGUUGCGUAGGCAGCAAAGGCUCCAUCGCGAGACCAUUGAAACUUCCAACGUGAGAGUGCUGGUGUGGGCAAUUUUUCAAAUUGUAACGCUGAUAAUAAUGUCCUUUUCUCAAAUAUUUUUCUUAAAGCGUUUUCUUGAAAAAAAAAACUGGCAAUAAUCCAAGGUAGUAUUUUGUAAAAAUAAAAUUUGAGUGUAGUUCAAAAGAAACACCAAAAUAAAAUAAAAAUGCUGCGCGAUUUCGGAUAUGUAAAGGCGGGAAUAAGACCCUUUAUUUGUUCAUCUGACAUCGGUGAAAAGAGGCUUGUUAUGGGUAGUGUGGAUUCUUAGAGCUUCAUGUUUUUCUUUUCCUUGCAGAAAAAAUGAAGAUGGUUCUGUGGAAGGGUGAAAUAGUUUAAGUGAGUGUUUCAAUACACAAUAAUAUUUACAUGUAUCAA